AUGGCCACCAAGUCUCUCCUAUCUCAUCAAGAUUACACGGUCGGAUGGAUAUGUGCCUUGCCACUGGAAAUGGCGGCUGCGAAACUGAUGCUGGACGCAAUACACCCUAGCCUGUCUCAACCUUUGACCGAUAAAAAUACAUACAUUCUCGGGGACAUUGGAAGCCAUAAUGUUGUUAUUGCAUGUUUACCGGGUGGAUCAUAUGGCAAUGUAUCAGCGGCAAUGGUGGCGACGCAGUUGCUUUCGACUUUCCAUUCUAUCCGGUUCGGUCUGAUGGUUGGCAUCGGUGGAGGGGUACCUAGCAAGAAGGCAGACAUUCGACUGGGCGAUAUUGUGGUCAGCCAACCGACGGACACUUCUGGAGGCGUGAUCCAAUACGACUUAGGUAAAGCCUUCACCGGGGGUCAAUUCCAGCGAACAGGAAUGUUGAACCGGCCACCAGAGAUUCUGUUGACCACUCUUGCUACAUUGCAAGCCCACCAUCUUACAGAAGACAGUCGAGUCCUAGAGUUUGCUUGCGAUGCUUCGAGCAAAAUGAAACCCAACAAAGCCAAAAGCUUUACUCGUCCAGCCGAAGAGGACUGUCUAUACCAAGCGGAAUAUGAACACAAAACAUCUGAUACAUGUGCUAGCUGCGAUCGGUCAAAACUAGUUCCACGGCUACCACGAGACCAUGAAGAACCAAUCAUACACUAUGGACUGGUUGCAUCUGCCAAUCAGGUAGUGAAGGAUGCCAGGCGGCGAGAUCAACUGGCUCAUGACCUCGGAGUAUACUGUGUGGAGAUGGAAGCAGCGGGCCUUAUGAAUGGCUUCCCAUGUCUAGUCAUUCGAGGCAUCUGUGACUAUUCUGACUCACACAAAAAUAAGGAAUGGCAGGGAUAUGCAGCAGCAAUGGCGGCGGCCUAUGCUAAAGAGCUGCUUUUGGUAGUUCCGACUAAUCGGAUUGAUAGUACCCCCACAGCACGAGACACUCUGGCAGACGCUGGGCGGCAAGACGAACUAGAUUGCCUUUGGCAGUACUUACAGCCAAAAGACUUCCCACAUCGAAGGAUUGCUAUUCUCCAUGGGCUUGGUGGGAUGGGAAAGACACAGCUGGCGAGUCACUUCGCGCGAGAUCACAAGCGUGAUUUCACCGCUAUCUUUUGGAUUAGUGGCAAGGAUCGAAGCACUUUAUUGCAGUCUUUGAGUUCUAUUUUCCCCCGACUACCAGGACAGUCUCAGAAUAAUACGGUUAUCGAUGACGAAAAAGUAGAGCAACGAGCGAGGCACGUGAUUCGAUGGCUAGCGUUGGAUGGCAACUCAAGCUGGCUUAUCAUUUUUGAUAAUGUCGAUCAAUACCUUCCAAUCAGCGGCACUGUUGGUGAUGUAUAUGAUAUUGCAGAGUUUUUCCCUCCUGUCGAUCAUGGGUCCAUUCUCAUUACCUCUAGACUCUCUAGCUUAAUCGAGCUGGGGAAGUCUUUUCCAAUCCGUAAGCUUGAUUCAACGAACGCAAUUCAACUACUCUUGCAGAAAAGCGGUCUAUCAGCAAUCACCUAUGAGAACCUUGAAGACAGUCCAGAUACCCUUGCCCUUGCCAGUCGUCUUGAUGGACUGCCAUUAGCGAUAGUCAUCGCGGCGGCAUUCAUGCGUCAAACCGGAACCAGCAUCACCGAGUACUUGCAAUAUUACCGAGAGUCUUGGACUGACUUACAAUCCCAAUCAAGUCCCGGACGUCAAUACCAGCACGGCAAUAUGCUACAAACGUGGAUGAUCUCAUAUCGUGAGAUCAAGAAGCGGGAUACGGAUGCAGCAGAGCUACUACUUCUACUUGCGCGCUUUGAUAAUCGGGAUAUUUGGUAUGAGCUAGUGAAAGGUGGUGAUAAUAGCUCAGAUGUGCCUACCUGGCUUCAAAAAGCUAUAUCAAGCGGACUCACGUUCAAAAUCGCUGUGAAGACCCUCAUCGAAUUCUCUCUUCUUGAAAGUAGGCUACAAGAUGGAAGCUAUGCGAUGCACCCAGUGGUACGAGACUGGUGCCUCUACAUUGCCAGCACGGACGAAAAAGUAAAUUCAAUCCAGCUUUCUGAACUGGCACUGAUUUCUGUUGGAUAUAACGUCCCAGGUGCAAGUGACAGGAACUGCUCAGAGCUCCAACGACGGCUUCUUCCACACGCAAAUUAUGUCCGCCAUAGAGAAUUUUCUGCUAGCGAUAUUUCUGUAUGGGGAGGUUUUCAUGGAUUGGGGGAUCUCUACAGAGGCCAAGGGAGGCUCAAAGAGGCUGAGGAGAUGUACCAGCGAGCACUGGUAGGCAAGGAGAAGGCCCUUGGUCUAGAUUAUAUGUCUAUCCUCCAUACUGUGAAUAACCUUGGGAAUCUCUACUGUGAUCAGGGUAAAUUCAAAGAGGCUGAGGAGAUGUACCAGCGAGCACUUGCGGGUAAGGAGAAGGCCCUGGGUCCAGAUCAUACAUCCACUCUCGAUACUGUGAACAAUUUUGGGAAUCUCUACAGAGAUCAGGGCAAGCUUAAAGAGGCUGAGGAAAUGUACCAGCGAGCACUUGCGGGUAAGGAGAAGGCCCUGGGUCCAGAUCAUACAUCCACUCUCGAUACUGUGAACAACCUUGGGAAUCUCUACAGAGAUCAGGGUCAAUUCAGAGAGGCCGAGGAGAUGUACCAGCGAGCACUGGCAGGGUAUGAGAAGACCCUGGGUCCAGAUCAUACAUCUACUCUCAAUACUGUUCAUAAUCUUGGGACUCUCUACAGAGAUCAGGGCAAGUUCAAAGAAGCUGAGGAGAUGUACCAGCGAGCACUAGCAGGCAAGGUGAAGACCCUGGGUCCAGAUCUUACAUCUACUCUUAUAACGGUGAACGACCUUGGGAGUCUCUACAGAGAUCAGGGCAAGCUUAAAGAGGCUGAGGAAAUGUACCAGCGAGCACUUGCGGGUAAGGAGAAGGCCCUGGGUCCAGAUCAUACAUCCACUCUCAAUACUGUUCAUAAUCUUGGGACUCUCUACAAAGAUCGGGGCAAGUUCAAAGAGGCCAAGGAGAUGUACCAGCGAGCACUAGCAGGGUAUGAGAAGGCCCUGGGUCUAGAUCAUAGUACUACUCGACAAAUGUCAGAGAGAUUAACGAGGCUACGAAUUUAA